ACACCCCCUCCACCCCACGCAGUGACAGCUCCGGACUGACUGCCGGUAGUCCCCGCGAAAAUGGCAGCCGAGAAGGGCUCCGGGCGGGGGUGGGAGCCGGACCCGCAGCCGGAGCCUGACCGGGAUCACAGGCCCAGCAGAUUGCCUCGGACACGGCCGUCGGUGUCCUUCGGCGACGUGGGGCAGCCGGCUGUGUCUGGGGUGGUCAGCCAGCUCUUCGGCCAGCCGCUGAAAUUCGACCGCAAUAUCAAGCAGGCCUUCUACAACACGGGCGCCCUGAUCUUCGUGGCCAUCUGCUUCGGGGCCGCCGUGCUAGUCUUCUUCAUCCUGGAAGCCUUCCUGCGCCCCCUGCUCUGGGCCGUCCUCUGCGGGACCUUCCUGCACCCCUUCAAGCACUCGCUAGCCCGGAUCGGCCGCUGCUGGCUGGGCGGUCUGAAAGACAGCGGCACCCCCAUCGUGCUGGGCGCCGUGCUGCUGCCGGUGUGGUUCGUGAACCGCGGCGUGGACGCGCUGGGAGGGCUGGUGUUGGAGAGACUGGCGGUGCUGCUGGCGGUGGGGGCCGGUGCCCCGCUCCUCUGUUUUCUCUAUUACUUCGGGAGCGUCAUCGGCAUGCAGGUGAUCCUCGGGCACUUCUGCGACGCCGUGUGCGGCGCCUUGGACUGCUUCGGCCCGCUGUGGGUUGGCACUGUCGUCCUAGGCUAUCUCCUGGCCGUCAUCUUCAAGUGGAGACCCGGCACGGAGAGCUACCUCCGUACUGCCUCUGUCCCUGUGUGGACCAUCCUGCUCUUCUACUUGGUGUCACUGACGGGUUGCUGGAGAGUCCCGGUCUUUGUCGUCGUGGUCGUCCUGCUGGUUGUCGGCUCACAGCAGAAGACACCCAGAGUCUCAGGAAAGGGUGAGCUGCCUGGCCAGGUGCUGUCCUUCGCUGCCAACACCAUCCUCACAGCCAUCUCCUUCAGCCACCUGAGACUCGAAGAAGAGGAUGGCCGAGCUACGCCUCUCAGCAAUGACUCCCCCGCCGAGGACCCCGGCCGCCGGGCACCGCCGCAGCUGCAGACCCUGUCGCACCGGAAGGCCAGUGACAUUUACUUCGUUUUGCUGGGAUGGGCCAUAGUGCUGGUGCAGAUCUGGAUGAACGUGUGGAUCCUGCAGCUGCUGCCCAUUCCGGUGGCAGUGUGGGUCCUGAAGAAGCUGGCAGUUCGGUUCGGCCUGAUGGCCUUCACAGAGCGCACCUUAGCAUCGUGGUGGGCGGUAACCUCGCGGUUCCUCCAGGAGAGACAGGACGUUCUGCUCCCGGGGCCCAUCAAAGGCCUGGUCCACUUCCUGCUCCGAGUCGACACCAAGCUGUGGCAGUGGCUUAACAAGCAGAUGAUCAUAUGGCUGGAGCAGUCUCUCGACAAGCUGAUCAGCAUCUUCAUUAUCUUCCUGCUGGUGACAGGCACUCUGCUGAUGGCCCUGCUCCUCACUGCCAUGGUUCACCACGAGAGCGUUCACAUCAUUGAGGUGACCAGCAACCUGAUCAACGAGACUCUCUCCAACCACCCUGAAUGGGCCAAUUGGCUCCCCGAAGCCCAGGUUGUCCAGAAAGCCCUCAACUCUGCUGCCACCAACGUUUACCAGCAUGGCAGAGAGUGGAUAACAAACAAGCUGCACAAAAUGCUCGGUGAAAAAGUGAACAAUACUGCUGUGAUAGAGAAGCAGGUCCUGGAGCUCUGGGAUCGACUGUACCACUCCUGGUUUGUCAAGAACGUGACCCAAACGGGACGGAAUCGUGGGCACAAGACGCACCUCCACCGGCAGAACAGCUGGUUGGGAGACAUCCUGGACUGGCAGGACAUCGCUUCCUUCGUGCAGGAGAACAUCGAGACCCUGCUCUCAAUCGUGGAGUCGCUGUGGGUGGUGAUGAGCCGAAAUGUGGGCCUGCUGAUCUCCACCACCACCACACUGCUGACGGUGCUGUUCCACAGCGGCACGGCGCUGCUCAACUUCGCCCUGUCACUGGUGAUAUUCCUCACCACCCUCUUCUACCUGCUGAGCUCCAGUGGUGAAUAUUACAAGCCUGUCAAGUGGGUGAUCAGUCUCACCCCUCUGUCUCAGUCCGGACCCUCGUCCAACAUCAUCGGCCAGUCGGUGGAGGAGGCCAUCAGGGGUGUCUUUGACGCCUCGCUCAAGAUGGCCGCCUUCUACGGCCUCUACACGUGGCUGACCCAUACCAUCUUUGGCAUCAACAUCGUCUUCAUCCCCUCUGCCAUGGCCGCCAUCCUGGGUGCGGUGCCCUUCCUGGGCACGUAUUGGGCAGCGCUGCCUGCCGUGCUGGACCUGUGGCUGGUACAGGGGGAGGGUGUGAUGGCCGUGCUGCUGCUGCUCUGCCACCUGCUGCCUACCUACUUUGUGGACACCGCCAUCUACUCUGACAUCUCUGGCGGCGGGCACCCAUACCUGACCGGCCUGGCGGUGGCGGGGGGGGCAUACUACCUGGGGCUGGAAGGGGCCAUCAUUGGACCCAUUCUGCUCUGCAUCCUGGUCGUGGCGUCCAACAUCUACAGCGCCAUGCUGAUGAGCCCCAGCAGCUCUCUGCCCACACCUGUGCAGCCCCCCUGGCCCCCUGAUGUCCCCCGGCCAUUUGCGGACAGCACUGGUCAGCAGAAAGGUACAGGCGAGUGACUGGGCGAGGCUGUCACCAGGGCGGAGGGAUGACGGCAUCUGGCUCUUCCCGGAAAGGAGACCGACGUCACGCUUCAGCCAGCUGGCCCUGGAGGGGGGAGUCAGGACGUCCAGCAGUACAGCGAAACCCUGGCUUUAGUUACCUUUAACACGCAUUUCCUGCAGGGCCCAUACAUACAUCACCUCACGAGAAGAGAGAGCAUCCCACGUCGCUUUGUCCCCAUCUGGGUCUGGAAGGGCCUGAGACGCCCAGCAGAAACCCCAGGGGGGGGGGUAGUAAUCCAUAGGGGGCAUUAUGGAGCUGGCAGGAGACCACUAGAGCUUCCCAGUGCCAUGCUUCACGUUAGUGUUACAGGAUAAUUGUCCUCAGGUGCCAUUAAGAGUUCUGUCCUUACUGCUGUUGCUUUGGGCAGAGUGGAAGGUGUCCUACACACUGUUAAUCGCCCUGCCUUGCCUGGUCGGUCUUGCGCAGUAACGUUUGCUAAAUGUGCCUCAGAGUCCCUGCAGAAACGCAGUUCUCUGAAGUACCUGUAACACCUUAACACUGGUGUUUUUUAAUGCUUAACACGCGUCUCCCGCCGCGCUCCUUCAGGGCCACGUGACAGAGCUGCAAAUGGAAUCCCUAACUCUGAGCCAGAGUGCUGCUCGCUGCGUCUGUCCCACAGGCCCGGUACCCGCUUAUGGUAGGAGGAGGAUGUGACAACUCGCACGCAGGAGCACAGAACCCCUGGACCUGCAUAUUUCAAGCCAGCUGCCGAUUGGUGGAGUGGGUUUCCGUGACAAGCGGCUUGGGGGGAGCGCAGGGGUGUCCGAGUCUCCUGGCACCAUGACUCUCAUGCUCAUGAAGCCCCUGCUGACUCAGCAAGCUCAGCUGGGGGAUUAGUCUGACCGGAAUUCCCUGGAGACCAGGAAAGCGAGUCGUUCCCCGUCCUCCUCUCUCGGUUUUGUUCCCCGGGUCCUCCUCAGAGGCAGGGUCCCCUUCCUCUGCCUUUUUUCCCCUCCUCGCCUCCCCCUUUCAGUGCCGUCUGCUAGUAGGUCCCAGGAAUGCAGGGGAGGGCAGUGAUGUCACUACACAGACAUGGGCUCUGCCCACGAGCAGCCAGUUAAGCUUAGUAAUCAGUGAAUCUGAAGUUGAACAUGAAGUGACACUGAGAUGUAAAACCAGAAAAGUGCAGUUCUGUAUCAGAGGGGAGGAGCUAGGCUCGCCGGGGCCGACCGAGGGGAGGGGCUAGGCUCGCCGGGGCCGACCGAGGGGAGGGGCUAGGCUCGCCGGGGCCAACUGACUGACUCUCCUGCUUGCACUGGAUUUCAUUUCAUCAAUUACUGUAAUUUUUUGUCUUUUUUUUCUGUUCUCCCUUUACACUGGUUUGCCCCCCAGCCUCUGAUGUUGGACAGUUGUCUGCACCCCCAGUUAGAUAUACCAGCUUCCUUAGACCACGCCCCACUGAGGGAAUCCGUUCUUACGUUUUGUGCAGUUUCAGUUUUCCACGCGAGGAAUCGUAAUGUCAGUGGCUGCUGGAGGACCUUGACACCACGCACCCCAAGGCAGAUGUAUGCCUGUCUGUUCUGUUAAUGAUCAAACGGCACAUUAUUGGAAGAUGAAGGUAUGGCCUUCUAGAGGUUUCAAAAAAUGAUGGUUACUGAACACAUAUCCCAUGAUGCAUUGCACUCGUCACAUUUCCGAACUGUUAAACAAAGCACACCUGCACAUCCCAGACAUGAGCGUCUUGGCGCCUUGUCCCCUUUGGCCACCGGUUCGCCUUCUCACUGACACUAGAUGCACUUUUCAGGGGGGGCUCUGGUAGGUCCUGCGCCAGAUAAACGUUUAAUUUCCAUUCAAGCACCUAAGUGGGCAGAUGCAGCUGCUGUGAUUUCCUGUGAAUGUCCAUUUCAGGGUGUAAGCGUCUUCGUGGAGGGGGUGCUGUCUGCAAAAUACACUUAAUGUUACCGCCUUAAGUUGAGUUUUCUACUGAGAUGCACUGAGAAGAUUAAAUGGUUUGUGAUAGAAAGGCA